AGGCAACGUUAUUACAGUGUUUUCAGUGUUUGUGUGCAUAUCUCUAGUGAAGUGAAAAAAUUCAAGUGAAAAAUGGCUCGUACUAAGCAAACUGCCCGUAAAUCGACCGGUGGAAAGGCUCCCCGUAAACAACUAGCCACCAAAGCUGCCCGUAAGAGUGCCCCAGCCACCGGCGGUGUUAAGAAGCCUCAUCGUUUCCAUCCUGGUACAGUUGCUUUGCGUGAAAUCCGUCGUUACCAGAAGAGUACUGAAUUGUUGAUCCGCAAAUUGCCCUUCCAGCGUUUGGUUCGUGAAAUCGCUCAAGAUUUCAAAACUGACUUGCGUUUCCAGAGCUCUGCUGUUAUGGCUUUGCAAGAAGCCAGCGAAGCCUACUUGGUUGGUCUUUUCGAAGAUACUAACUUGUGCGCCAUCCAUGCUAAGCGUGUCACCAUCAUGCCUAAGGAUAUCCAAUUGGCCAGACGUAUUCGUGGAGAACGUGCUUAAAUUCUUGACGUUUUAAAUGCAACAA